AUGGCAGAACAAUAUCUGUUUAAUUUUGCUGAAAAUGUAUUGUCGAAUUUGGGGUCCUAUGCUGUCCAACAGAUUGGUUUGGCAUGGGGUGCCAAGAAAGAAUUGAGGAAGCUGGAGAUCACCAUGUCCACGGUCAAAAAUGUGCUUCUGGAUGCUGAGGAACAGCAGAUUACAAAUCAUGCAGUGAGAGGAUGGCUGGAACGGCUCAAAGAAAUAGUUUACGAAGUUGAUAACUUGGAGGAUGAAUUUGCAUAUAAAAACUUGGUGGAUGAAAUUGAAUCCGGGCAAAGGCUAGUAGAAAUUCAUGGCAGCACCAGAAGUAAGGUACGCAAGUUCUUUUCACGCUCAAAUCCAUUUGUAUUUAGUUAUGGCAUGGGUCAGAAAAUGAAGGAUGUUAGGGAGAGGUUAGAUGGGAUCGUAGCAGAGUCAAAAGAUUUUAAUUUCACAACUAAAGUCGUAGAAAAACAAGUUCAAACUCGAAGAAGGCAGGAAACCUAUUCCUUUGUGCGUGGUAUGGAAGUAGUUGGAAGAGAAAUUGAUAAAGAAGCUAUUAUACAAAUAUUAAUGUCAUCUAGUGAAGAAGAGAAAAUUCAUGUCAUCCCCUUAGUUGGAAUGGGUGGUUUAGGAAAGACCACACUAGCACAAUGGAUAUACAGUGAUAAAAGGGUUGCAAGUCAAUUUAAGCAAAGAAUUUGGGUGUACGUUUCUGUUGAUUUUGACAUCAAAUCGAUUGUAGUACAAAUUCUAAAUGCUGUUGGAGAUAAUGAAUGCGAUAAGUUAGCAUUUGAACAGUUGCAAAAUUGCCUCCAACAAAAACUGGGCGGGCAAAAAUUUCUUCUUGUCUUGGAUGAUGUAUGGAAUGAGGAUCGAGCUGAAUGGAUUAAACUACGAGAUCUAUUGAUGUUUGGGGCUGGAGGAAGUAUGAUUGUUGUUACCACACGUAGCAAUAAAGUUGCUUCAAUAAUGGGAACAUGUACCCCACACAUUCUUAAAGGGCUUUCGAAUGAUGAUUGUCUAUCUUUAUUUGUCAGAUGGGCAUUUAAUGAAGGAGACGAUAGAAAACAUCAGAAUCUAGUCAAUAUUGGGAGAGAGAUAGUGAAAAAAUGUGGAGGAGUUCCUCUUGCAGCAAGGACUUUAGGAGGCUUAUUGUACUUAAAGUUUAAUGUGGAUGGUUGGAUGUUGGUUAGAGAUAGUGAAAUCUGGGCCAUUGUUCAAAAUGAAAACGAUAUUAUGCCUGUAUUAAGGUUGAGUUACGAUCAAAUGCCAUCAUAUUUGAAACAAUGUUUUGCCUAUUGUUCAUUGUUCCAGAAGGAUGAGAAAAUUGAAAAAUGGAGGCUGAUAUACCUUUGGAUAGCGCAAGGACUCAUCCAGUUAUCCCACCACAAUGAAAAGUUGGAAGAUAUAGGAGAAAGUUAUAUAACUGAGUUGGUGAAUAGAUCUUUUCUCCAGGAGGACAGUCAAGGAUAUUAUAAAAUGCACGAUGUUGUCCAUGACCUUGCACAAUAUGUGGCAGGUGGUGAGUGCUUCACAAUUAACUCUAUUACAGAACCAAUUCCUGAACGAGUAAAGCAUGCAGUGUUCGGGUUGUCUUUGGAAGAUCUAGAAAUUGUGAAGUCGAUGAAUUUGCGUACCAUUCUUCUUUCUGGGCGUAGUUGCGGCAGAUAUGUCCAAACAAUAGUCUCAAGUUUUAGAUACGUACGUGUGUUGGAAUUAAAUUGCUUGGUAGGUGACAUGCCAAGUUCUAUUGGAGAACUAAAGCAUUUAAGGUAUCUUUUUGUUAAAACCUAUGACGAGACUACACUUCCUGAAUCCAUUAGCAAGCUGCUAAACUUGCAAUAUUUGGAACUUCGGAUGCCAUACCAGCGCUUCUUUGAACUGCCCCAAGGUGUUGGAAAGCUAAUCUUCUUACAAUGUUUAUGCUUGGAUGACAUACCUCUAGUCUGCUUUCCGGAUGAGAUUAGGAGCCUUGUUUCACUCCAACAACUAAGAAUAUCUCAGUUGAAGUUGCAUUCCUUGCCUCAGAAGAUAAAAAACCUCCCUUGCCUCCGCUACUUGGAAAUCCGCCACUGUCGACAGCUGACUUCAUUGUGGGAACGGGAAGGCUUUCCAUACAUCACUUCCCUUGAGGAAUUAAUAAUUAGUGAAUGUAAAUAUCUUAACUUCACUGAGGAUGAUUUUGUAGGGCUUGAAAGCCUUAGGUCACUAACCUUGUAUCGGUUACCAGUGUUGACUAGUUUGCCGAGCCUUCAAGAGUCUGCUGCCACACUGGAGCAUAUUAGAAUUGUUUUUUGUCCAAUUUUGAGAUCGCUAUCAAAUUGCCUUGAAUAUCUCACAUCCCUUCGGAAGCUUGAGCUAUGCUUUUGCCCAUUCCAGAAAGGACAGAACGUCUCACUGAGCUAA